GACUAAACGUCUUUGCACUAUUGAGGUGUCAUUUAUUAAAGAAGAGCCGCGUUUCCCCUCAGGCAUGGCUGCGACGUUUACAGUGCUCAGUUUUAUACUGACUGUAGGGAUGGUGUUUACCUGCACGGCCUCACCUGUGUUGCCUUCAGCGCGCGAGGCACAGGUGUCGGAAUCUCGCGAGAUCAGGGGUCUGCACGUGCAAAGAGGCGCUCAGAGUGGCGGAGCGAGAACGGAGCGUUUUGCACCUUUACCUGAGGACCAGCGCAGGUUCACGUCCAAACAGAUACUGCAAGCUCUGUCGGAGAUUAUCCAGCGGGACGACUGCAUUUCAGACUAUCAGGGUUGGGUGGAUUUUGGGCGCCGCAGUACGGACUGAAGUUUAUAGUGAAUGUAUCAUUGUAACAAUCAGCACCUUUCAAUUCAAUUCAAUUAAAUUCUAUUUAUGCAAAAUGCCAAA